GCAAUGUUAUGUUAUGUUUAUGUUGGCAAACUUAUCGUACACUGUUAUUAACAGCUUGUUAAGCACGUGGAUUUGGCAACGAUAAAUUAUCGAUAUCGACAUGUGGCCCAAAAAACGAAGAAGAGCAACUGACGCUUGUGAAAUAAGUUUUGCGCAUGCGUGUGUUUCUAAGAAAUUUAUUCGCAAUGCGCAAUUAACAAAGUUCGUCGAAUAAAAGGAAAAACACGGCGAUUGUCGGCAUUAUUUUCAAUGAAAUUAAACAAGAGCAGCAGCUGCAGCAUAAAUGCAUCGAUUAUGCCGAGUCAGUGCGGAGAUCAGCUGGACAUAAAAAUUAAUAUUUUCAAGUAUGCACAGUAAAAAUCAACAAAAACAACAACAACAACAGUCACGAGAGCAACAAGAACGACCACAACAAUCACAACAACGAGCAACGACGACUACGACAACAAUGCAAAGCGGCGCGUCAAGUGAAUUAAGCGAUUUUUAAAGCUUUACGCUAAAUGAAAUUUGAAUUGCCAUUUUCUGGAAAUUGGAAAAGUGGAAAGUGUUCACUUGUGUGUGCAAAUUAAAUUACGCAAAACAAAUAAAUGUAAAUCAUUCCUUUUCACCCGCACACUCACUCGCAAAACAAAACAAACAACAUCAACAUGUAUGAGAAAUCAAAGUAAAUCUGCGAUAUCCAAAUGCAAAUAUCUAUGAAAUGAAUGCAGAACGCUGUGAAAACUAAAUAACCAAACAACAUUUCGUGUAAUUCAACAAACUGUGUGUGCGUGUGCGUGGGUGUGCAAGUGUGUGUGUAUUUUACUAAUUCUGAUUAAACACACAAAUCUGUGAAUAACACACAACACAAAAUGUUUAUCAUUACGGUAAUUAAACUCUUGCUAAUUGCGCUCAACAUAUUUCCAAGCCGUUUCACAAAUCGGCGAAUUAUGUUUCUCAUCUACAUGACGAAUCUAGUGACACAUGUUAUGAUGGAUGAGCCACGCUUUGCACAGCCCAUACCGAAUGUCACCGUUGCCGUCGGCCGUGAUGCGAAUCUGCCCUGUGUGGUCGAGCAUUUGGGUGGCUAUAAGGUGGCCUGGAUACACAUUGAUCGACAGAUGAUACUCACCAUACACAGACACGUUAUAUCAAGGAUACCACGGUACAGUAUUACGUACACGGACAACACGUGGCUACUGCAUGUGAAUCAGGCGCAUCAGGAUGAUCGCGGCUAUUACAUGUGCCAGGUGAACACCAAUCCCAUGAUUAGCCAGGUGGGCUAUCUGCAGGUUGUAGUGCCACCCAACAUACUGGACAUUGAGAGCACACCAUCUUCGGUGGCGGUGCGUGAAAACCAAAACAUCAACAUGACAUGUCGCGCCGAUGGUUUUCCCACACCCAAAAUCAUUUGGCGACGCGAGGAUGGCGAGGAAAUUGCCGUUGAAAAGAAGAAGAAAGUGCUUGUGUACGAUGGCGAUGUGCUGCCGCUGACCAAAGUGAGCCGCAAUGAGAUGGGCGCCUAUCUGUGCAUUGCCACCAAUGGAGUGCCGCCCUCAGUGUCCAAGCGGAUCAUAUUGGAUGUGGAGUUCUCGCCCAUGAUUUGGGUGCCGAAUCAACUUGUUGGCGCGCCAGCUGGCACAGAUGUAACCAUCGAUUGCCACACGGAGGCGCAUCCCAAAGCCAUCAUCUAUUGGGUGUACAAUUCAGUGAUGGUAUUGCCGAGCAAAAAGUAUAAGACCGACUACACGGAGAACUCAUAUCGUGCACACAUGAAACUGACGAUAAGAAACCUGCAAUAUGGCGACUUUGGCAACUAUCGAUGCAUCUCAAAGAACUCGCUGGGGGAAACGGAAGGCUCCAUACGUGUUUAUGAAAUACCUUUGCCAUCAACACCAUCGAAGCAAGUAACGCACACCACCGUCGAGUCCAGGGAGAGCAACAUUAUACCAGCGUUACGCAACGAUACAACGAAAUCGCUGCAAACGGAUGUGUAUGCAAUGAAAAACGAUUUGUAUACUGGCAGUGGUUCAUCAUUGGCAGCCUCCGGCUCCUCAUCGGCUGCCUCAUCGAGCUCAUCAUCGUCGUCGAUGCAAACCUCGUUGCUGCCCGGCGGCGCCGCCGGCAACAGUUUGUCAGCGUUAAGCGGUGGCGCCACCGCUGGCGGUCCGGGCAGCAAAGGUUCCCUAGCGAUAGGCAAAAGCAUGUUCUAUACCGAGAGACCACCGAAUGAAUAUGCAAGUGCAGCGGCUGGAUUGCUGCAUAGGCUGAGUUGGCUGCUUGCUGGAUUAAUUCUGGCUGCGCUUUGAAAUCAAUAAUUUUGUUUUAGUUACUCGAAGUAAGCAUUUGUGAAAUGCAGCCAAAGGGGGUUCAACACACAAACAAAAAAAAAAAAAAAAAAAAAAAAAAAAUUGGGGUAGCUUUUAGGGGUCUCUAAAUUGAUUUCGCAGUGCAAGCAGAACGAUGAUGAUCAUGAUGAUGAUGAUGAUGAUGAAAUACAUUUGUUUAUAGCAACAAAAACAAAAACAAUAAUAAUCUAACAUAACUACAUACAUAUAUAUUUAAUUGAGUUCAUUUCGCUCGAAAUAGUUUGUAAAUUGAACUAACGAGAGAACGAGAGAAAUAUUCAAGUAUUUUUUGUCAACAAUAAAAAUGCUCAUUCAAUGUACAAUAUGAAAAACGUAAACAUAAGUGAAUACACGUGUAUUUAGAAAUUUAUUUAUAUAUUAUAUUGUAUAUGUAUAAUAAAAGUUAGUAUGAAAUUGUUGAGCUUUGUGUUUGGUCGAGUGUCAGUUUUAGGGCUUAGCAUAUUAUUUUCCCCCAAAAAGAAACGAAAACAAAUUUGCAAAAGCAAAGCUUUUUCUUAUGCAGAAAAAAAAAAAAUAGAGAGAACGUGAAUUGCAUAGAUACGUUGUAUCUAUGAUGUGAGAUAAUACUUUUGCUUCAAUGGAAAUGAAAAUGCAAAUGAUAUGAAAACUAGAAUUUAAUUCAUAAAUUGAGAACAAAAUUGCAUAUCUGAUGUAUGCAUAUCUAAGGAUAAUAACAGAACCUACCAUAUCUUAAUGUUACUCACAUAUAUGACGAGAUAUAUACACACAUACAUAUGAUAUUUAUACUUUAUAUGCCAUUCAUUAUUUUACUUUACAACUUUUAUGCGACUUUUUCACAUGCCGCAGUCUAUUAAUUUGGGUCAGCGCUGCACAAUUAAAUGAAGACAUUAAAGUUUUUUAAUUUCCACUUAUCUUUUAUCUUUAUUAAAUUUUUAAUACCCUUUAAAUUGUACAAAAAGAGAGCAUAUUGUUUCACUUUAAGUUUAGUUCAUAUAGUUAUAAAGUUCUUCUUACUUAUUACGUAUACGUAAUAAACUUGGGCAUUUUUGAGCGUAGAGUAUGCAUUGGUUGACUUGCCAAAAGAAUCUUUUCUUUCUCUGCACAUUUUCUUCGUUUGCUUCUUCUACUCUGGCCAAAAGCCGCAGACAAUUUUCCAGCUCUGCUCGCAGCCCAAAACAAAAUUGAUGUGUGUGUGUGUGUGUGUGUGUGUGUGUGCACAGUGCGCGCGCUCAGUGUGCAACAUAAAAAAUGCAAUUUAUUUAAUGAAAAUGCGACGUGCAGCCUGCUGCGUUGCCACGCCCACUAAAGCAACCGCCCACUUCCCAAAUGGAGAAUGGGAAUGGGAAUGGGUUGUGGGGACAAUCGUGUUGCCAUGUGUCGAUGUUGGGUCGAGGCAUUAAAACGCCUUAAAAAUGUCAUUAAUUUCAUCUCCCUUCGAGACUCACAGCAAACACAAUGCGAUGAGUAGACUGGAGAAUGUGUGAUAAGCUGCAUGAUACCCUGUAAACUCCGAUGUCUGCCUUUCCUUACUUAACUUACCUUGUACACUUCCUGCUUCACUUGCUGAGC